AAGUUGUCCCCUUUCACCAAAACUCCGAAGCUGGACCGGAGUGAGUUGCUGGGGAAGGAAGGGAAAACCAAGUCUUCCAUGAAGCGCAAGCUCUCCUUUACUACCAGUCCACUCCGGACCGAGGAGCGAGACUCAGACACCGGUAAGAGCUGUUGCUGCUGCUCCUCCCUGCUCCUCUCUCAGCAGCCAUGCUGCUGGCUGGCUGCCAUGUCCUCACACUGCCCCCUGGUGGCCUGCUGUCGAACGCUUUAGGGACUGUCUAUAGGUCAAAAGGAUUUCCACUUGUUUCGUAUCAGCAUCAAAAUCUGACCGUGUUGAUGAAUUUGUGGCCUGUUGUGUUGAAUAACGAAAUACAAAGCAAGUUGUGUUUAUAAAAAAAAAAAAUGGGAACACAGAAAUAUGGAUAAAAAUAUUUCUAAAUGUAGUCAUGUUUUAAGUUGUGGCUAUUAACUUUCUUGUGAAAAUAAAAAAUUAGGAAACCCAACCCUUCGUUACAGGACUUUUUUCAUCAGCGUCAACAAAUCCUAUGAAUAGGCCAAAACCAACAAUGAAUUGAUCCCACUAACAAGUUUUGUCUGUGUAGCCAAAACCUCCAUUGUUGUCCAAAAACUAUCAAAAACAAAGCAAUAGCAGCGCUUAUGUGCACACUUUAUUUCAUUCUGAUUGAAAUCAUUCCGAUUGAAAAUUUCAGGUCAACUGUUUACAUGGGAUGUGGUCUAAUACAGUCUGGUGUUUACAUACGCUGACGCAUUUAAUUGGAGCAGCUAUGUGAUGUGCGCAAAAGUAAUGAAUACAUCACUUGUUUGAUCAGCUCCCUGAAGAUGGAUAUCUAUCGUCUGUUCAGCGCAGUAUUUGCCAUUUUUGUGUUGCUCUUAAUCAAGCAACAGCUUGAUAACAAUGUAUGCUUGCACCUACUGGAAGCAAUGAAGAGGAGAAGGCGAGCGCAACGCUUCUGUCUAUCCUACCGUCUGGUUGUCCAAUAAGAGUUUGUAUUAAAGGCAAACUCUCCGCUGUCGUCCAGUUUAGCUUGGAAGCUGAGAUGUGUAUAUUUAUGAUCUUUGAUUAAUAACUGAUUAUGAGCAUUAUUAGUAUUAUUAGACUGUAUAUCGACCGCCUGUUAUGAUGAAUAACGGUGGAGACAGGACUACAAAAGCCCGUUUUCACGCUCCCAGAUGACUGAUGCAAACGCAUAGUGCGAACGUCGAGGAGCGCACGGACAUGUGCAUGAGGUCUAUUACUGAGGCAUCACUAUCACACACUUUUUAAUGGAGUUAAUGAACUGACAAAGUACACUGAGUCGGAUACAAGCACAGCAGUUUUAACAUCUUCUAUACAUGGCUUUAAAUACAGCUCAAUAAGAUCACUUCCUGAACAGAUUUCACCAUCAGCAGAUGGAUUUAUUAAGAGUUUAGCUUUUGAAAUCAUGCUAUAAUCAUAUAUCUGUUAUCAUAAAAUCCUAUCAUUGGUUUGUUUAAUACGAACAGUACUAACCUGGCAAACAGACCUGAAUUUGUUUUAACCGAACCAGAUGGAUUAGGUGUGAAAGCACCAUAAAACAUUUGUUUGUUUUGGUCUAUUUCUGGAAUUUGUUGACAUAAAUGAUAAGACAUAAAUACCAAAAUAUAGAACAGAAGCCUUCUCCUUUAAGACCUGUUAUUGUCUGUGCAGUUGUGAACAGAUAUGCGAUGAUAACUGCUCUAUUUGAGUUCCUGGUAACUCCUCAUGCUGAAGAUAAAAUGCUUCACUCAACUGCUCAGCUUCACGUCGGAGACGUUGUGAACUUGAAGUCUUAAUCUUACCUCUUUACUUGUGUAAAUAAACUACUCUACUUCUGUCAUUUAGUUAGAAGUUUAACUGUAUGUUUACAUCAGAUCGGAGUAAGUAAAAAUAGGUUAGUGCAUCAUGCAGCCAUAAUUACAGUAAAUGAAGUACAGUAAUGUGUUUUACAGACAGUUUGAGGUCCUGCAGAUUUGCCUUCAUCUCCUCUGUAGAGCAUUUCAUUGUGUGGUCCUGCGUCAUCCGAACAGACGAGAACCCUCAAUUUUAAACUCAAUUUAUGUCGCACAGUUUAUAAAGCUAAACUAGCAUGGAGGGCGUCUUCGCCUUCAGCCUUUUCCCUCUCAGGUCCUGUGUUGAGCAGCUGUAGGAAAAAGGGGAAGCAACGACUCCACUGACCACGUCGGAUCUUCUCUCCUGUCUCCUGUGUUGCCAUGACUCAUAAUCUAUGACUCAGACCCAGGCCAGUCGAGUGAGACCUGGGGAGAGAGAUUAGUGCCUCCCUGCAGGAUAUACGCAGAAAAAGAUGUACCAGACAAGAAGAAGGUGAAAAAGGAGGCCGGGGGCAAGAAGUCCCAGGCUCCCAACCUUUUGUUUGGGUAUCCUCUAUCAGAGCGCAAACAGAUGGCUCUCCUAAUGCAGAUGACUGCCAACAGUCCAGACUCUACCCCCAGUCACCCCUCACAAACAACCCCCGCGCAGAAGAAAGUCCCCAGCAGCGCCUCGUCUCGACAGAAGGACAAGGUCAACAAGAGGAACGAGCGAGGGGAGACUCCCCUUCACAUGGCAGCCAUCCGGGGAGACGCCAAGCAAGUUAAAGAGCUCAUUAGCCUGGGAGCUGACGUCAACGUCAAAGACUUUGCAGGUUGGACUCCUCUUCAUGAAGCCUGUAAUCUCGGUUACUACGACGUGGCCAAGGUCUUAAUAGCAGCUGGUGCAGAGGUGAACACGCAGGGUCUGGAUGACGACACGCCGCUCCAUGACGCUUCCAGCAGCGGACAUACAGAUAUUGUGAAACUGCUGCUACGCCAUGGUGGUAACGCCUUCCAGGCCAACAAGUGCGGGGAGCGGCCGGUGGACGUUGCAGACUCUCAGGAGCUGGAGCAGCUAUUAAAGGGAGAGGUGCCACUGUCGGACCAAGAAGACAGCACUUCAGUUGAUCUUCGCUUCCCUGCAGAGUCUGAAGACCCGCCGUCUGUCAAUCCAUCCAGUGUGGACGACAACUUGGAGGACUCUGACACUGAAAAGGACUCAGACGGCAAACCGGCCACGAAAGCGUCAUCGUCCGUGCCAGGGCUGGACGAGUACGAGUUCAAGGAUGAGGAAGAGGAGGAGGAUCUCAGUAAAGCCCUGAACGACAGACACAUCCUCCGGAGGGAACUGCGGCAGCGGGAGAAGGAGGAGAAAGAUAGGAAUCACGUGGCAGGGAAGCAGAGUGGAAAAGGGGAUUCCUCCUCAAAGUCGAAGAAGCAAAAGACUGCUCGUGUCCACUGCAGCUCUGAUACCUCCAGCGACGAAAUGGAGAGCCUUUCAGAGAAAAGGAAUUCCCCCACCUGCUCUCAGAGCUCAGAGAGCCUCAAGGCCGACACAAGGUCUAAAAAGGAGAAUGCAGAGCAAAAGGACAAGGGCAAAGUCAAGAAGAAGAGCAAAAGCCAGAAUAAAAACAAGGAAAACCAAGAGGAUGGGAAAGAGAACAGCAAAACGUUGGUCCUCUCUCUGGCGACCGUGUCCGAGAGCACAGAAAAGGGUCGGGAGGAAGACUCCUUCAAGAUGUCUUUCAGCCCUAAAGAUGACUCAUCCGUCCACCUCUUCCAUUUGUCGUCCAUAAAAUCUCCCAAACUGAACCACAGCCUGACAGACAAACAAACGCCACUCAAACAGGAAAAUACUAAGAUGUGCAUUUCCAUCAGUGACAGCUCGUGUCCGGUGGACGGUGUCAAAUGCAACCACUACACGGAGGCAGACUACUGCACUGAAGGCUCCAGCACCAAGGGGUGCAAGCACAAGGAAAAGAGCAAACAUCAACAGAAAGACUCCAGUGGAGAUGGCGACGACGGCCGUUCGAGUCCUUACAAAGACGGCAGCAUAGGAAACAGCGUAGACAGCGCUGAAGGUGCCUUACGGAAGACCGACUUAGACGGCAAAGUGGUGAAGAAGCAUAAACUUAAACACAAGGAGAAAGACAAACACAGAAGGGAAUACGAGGCUGAGCGCAGCCGCCACAGGCAGAAGGAAGCCAGGAAAGACGGCCACAGGAAUUUGGAGUUUGACAGAGAGUUCUGGAAAGAGAAUUUCUUCAAAAGUGAUGAGACAGAUGAACAUCUGCCAGUGAAAAAGGAAGGUGAAGACAAUAGCUCACUUCAAAAGACCUCUGAUUCCUCCCCUGUCAAAGAUGAGAGAAACCCGAAGGAGAAGCACUCGAGCAGCAAGGAAAAGAGGCCGAGAGAGGAGCGAGAAAAAGACAAGGCCGUGAAAAAGGAGCGGAAGGAGGCCGCUAGUAAAGAGGAGAAGGUAAAGGAUUCAAAGCCGAGUGAGCGUGACGAGAAAGUGGACUGCCACGGCUCAGGGCGGAUUCCUGAGGAGUCGCUGCAGAGCAAUAGCAUGAAAGAAGAGACAGAAGAGAAACCCAUAAGUGGGAUCACAGCUGAUCAAGAACAGCUGGAGCUCUCUGAAAAAGGCUCACGCGAGAAAACUGACAAGAGGCUCCCAGGAAAGGAGAAGGAUUCGGAGAAAAUGGAGAAAAGGCAUCCUGACAAGGAAAAAAAGGUUAAAACGGAGCACGCUGACAAAGCUGAAGCACAGAACUCAGUGGAUCGCUGGAAGGAAAAAGAAAGAACAGGAGCCAUUUCUUCCCACUCGCCUGCAGAUAAAAACUACAAAGAGAAUGAGAAACUGAAAUCUUUAUCCACAACCAAAAAGCAUGAGGACAGCAGGAAAAAUAAAGAUAAGUUCGACAAGCGGUCUGAUAGGGAGAGGCAGGACAGAGAACACAGCGUUGGGGAUCACAGAGAAAAGGAACGCGCCAACUCUGAUAAGAAAGGAAAACCUCUGGAGAAGACCACAGAUCAUAGUAAAUCUGAUCGUUCAAAAGAAAAGGACUGUGACAGGAAGAAGAGAGACAAAAUAAAAGAUGGAGCUCUUUCCUCAAACUCCAAUCUGAAAUUACUUCUAGAAGAGAAGAAGAGCUAUCUGUCCGAGAGCAGCAAGUCCUUAUCUUCAAAAUCAAAGGAGGAAGUUGUGAGAACAACGGAGAAGGAUCGCGACCGGAGAGACCGGGACAGAGAUUCAGAUAAGCACAAGGAUAAGGACCGGCACAAAGACCGCUCCCAGCAGGUUAAAAUCAGCAAGGCCAAAGCCAACGAGACGGAUGCAGACAAGGCCAAAUCAAAAGCCUCGCCAGCGACACGAGACGCCAAGCCCAAAGAGAAAAGGCUUGUGAAUGACGACUUGAUGCAGACCAGCUUUGAGCGCAUGCUCAGCCUGAAGGACCAGGAGAUAGAGCAGUGGCAUCGCAAACACCUGGAGAAAAUCAAACAAAAAGAGAGGGAAAGGCUCAAACAGCGGCCUCUGGCAGAUCCGGGGAAGUCCAAGCCUAAAGACAGAACGAAGGCCGAACCGUGCCUGAGUAAGGAGCUCAUGCGCUCAAAAAGCUCUGAAGCGUCUGAUGUCCACAGCAGAGAUAAAUCCCUGAAGGACGGCGCCAGCCCCAGAACAAUGUCGCUUGAUGGAAAGAGUCUGCCGUCUAUCAGCGCAAAGGUCAUGUCAGCCGUGGAAAACUGUCUGACCAGAUCGCCCCGACCAGAGAGUGAACGCUGCGGACUCAUGUCCAGGUCCGUGUCCUUGGUUUCCGUCGCCAGCUCUGAGGAUUCGUGUCAGGCGACGACAUUAACGCCCAGACACGCCGAGUACGACUCUGACAUGAACCUGGAAGCCUCCGACUCUCAGCCCGCGUUCCUCCAGUCUUCCCUCGUCAUUCAAGCCACCAGAUCGCCGUCCGUUCACGAUAAAGAUUGCAACAGUCUUCCAGAUGUGCCGCAAAGUAAUCGGACGCUGCUGCCCAGCAGGCACGAAUCUCCGUACCUCAGAGCCAUUCUGGACGAGGAUGCCAACUCAGCGACUGAAGGUAAAGCUGUUGAGAAUCUUCCAAAACCCAGCCAGCCCACUGAGGAGCUGGGAACAAGAGAGAGCUCAGCAGAAACAGAGGAGAGCCAACAACAAUGUAUGAAUUCAGUUCCUGAUUCAGCCACGGAGAGAGAAUGGAGCCCUCCUGGUGAUCCUCAGAGUAAAAGCCUGACACUUCCAGAGUGUAGUAGCUCUCAAACAGAGUCAACAGAGCAGAAAACUCUUCCCUCCUCUGAUCCUCCUGUGGCGACGGACACCCAGUGUCUGCCAGAGAAUUCAGAGUUUAGUAACAAAGAUUCAGAUCAACCAUCGACACCUACGGCUUGUCUAUCUGCUGAGCCGCCAGAGCUCACAAACACAAUAGAGCAGAGGGAACCACUCAUUGUUUCUGGCGUGGAGAGCGCGCCGCAGACAGAAUCAGGUACCGCGCAUGUUCCUGAGCUUAAAGACGAACCUGUUGAGAGCGCCGAUGGAGCAGAAGAAGAGAGUAUGGAAACGGAGAGAACGGAGGGUAGAGGAAGUCCUGUACCCUCCACCAGUUCGAACAUUCCCAGCUCCACUGCAGCGGAGUCCUUACCAGGCUUUAGCCAAACGAGCACUGAGUCCAAAUGUCCUCAAGAGGAAAUGGAUGUAAAUGACCAAGACUGGAAGAACUACAGACCUCCCGGUGAUACUGCAGGUCCCGAUGCUGAGAUGGAGAAAAAGGACAGUACACCUCCAGCAUCGUCUUAUGCGAGCCCUGAACACAAGGCUGAAGAGACGACUGACGUCCCACAGAGCUCAGAGAUCAACAGUAGCGCUUAUGCUUCUGUUACAGCUGAGAGUUCAUCACUUGAUGGCAGCGCGGCUACAGAGGGCUCCUCUGAAUCUACAGCAGAGGCCGACUCCGAGCCGAUGGAGGUGACGCCUGCCGAUGAGAAACCAGAGUCGUCUUCAGCUGGAGAAGAGCAGAGUCAGAGCGCCGUCCAGUCGGCGGCUCAGACUGACAGCAGCAGUAGCAGCAGCAGCACCUGCAGCGCCUCAGGGAGCUCCUCUCCACAAUCUGGAGACCGGGAUUCUGAUUCCUCGGGGGCUAAGGUCAAGGUCCGCUCCACAGACGAGGAAGUGGACAUGCACGUUCCCCAUCCACGCAAGAGAAAGAUGCCGAGAGCGUCGGGCUCCCAGCCGUACUCCGCGACUCAGCAGGAGAAGGACAGAGGCCAGCAGUCUCUGGCUGCCAUCGUGGACUCGGUGAAGCUGGAGGAGAUUCAGCCGUACCAGACGGAGAGGGCCAACCCGUACUACGAGUUCCUGCACAUCCGAAGGAAGAUCGAGGAGAAGCGCAAAGUGUUGUGCAGCGUCAUCCCCCAGCCACCGCAGUAUUAUGACGAAUAUGUGACCUUCAACGGAUCCUACCUCUUAGAUGGGAACCCGCUCAGCAAGCUCUGCAUACCAACAAUAACUCCACCUCCAUCAUUACCGGAUCAGCUGAAAGAGAUGUUCAAACAACAAGAGGUGGUCCGUAUGAAGCUACGACUACAGCACAGCAUUGAAAGGGAAAAACUGAUUGUUUCAAAUGAGCAGGAAGUCUUACGAGUCCACUACCGGGCAGCGAGAACAUUAGCCAAUCAGACUCUGCCUUUCAGUGCCUGUACAGUGUUAUUGGAUGCUGAAGUGUACAACAUGCCUCAAGACGUCCAGAAUGAUGAUGGCAAAACGUCAGUGAGAGACCGAUUCAACGCCCGGCAGUUUAUGUCCUGGUUACAAGACGUUGACGACAAGUUCGACAAACUGAAGACGUGUCUUCUGAUGAGGCAGCAGCACGAGGCGGCGGCCCUGAACGCCGUGCAGCGUCUGGAGUGGCAGCUCAAGCUGCAGGAGCUGGACCCCGCCACCAACAAGUCCACCAGCAUCUUCGAAAUCUCCGAGUUCUACAUCCCGCUCGUGGAGGUCAACGACGACUUUGACCUCACCCCAAUAUGAGCUGUAGGACAGACGCGCUUUGCCACAUCGGCGGCCGUAUCACUAGACACGAGAGGCAGCCCACACAUUCGAGGGAAAGGAAAGAAAAAUGUGAAGCACUUAGAAUGUGGCGGCAACACAAAAAGAGCAUUUAGAAAAGAGACAAUUUGACUCGAGCGCUCUUACAGUCCAAACCGGCGCGCCCACCGCGAGGAGCGAAGACCGACUGUUCCUCGUAGAGAAGAAGGCGGUCCAAGCCACAGAUGAAGCCCAGAGAGCAGAGACCAAACGGCGGGGCGGGCCGGGGCGGCGCAGGGAGCUGCAACAAGAAGCAACCACCUGCUACUGCUCCUCAUCCAACAGCAACUGACAGAGUUCAAUUGUUUUCAAAGUGAGUGUUCAGACAUUGUGUACAGACUGUGCUCUUAAUUUUUUAACUUAUUUUAUACAUAAAAAUUGUGCAUUUGUAAAUAGUCAUGUAAUUAUUGUUUUAAACUUGUAAAAACAAAAAAUAAUAGAUAUUUUGAUUGUAAACUCGUUCUGUCUCCUGUUUUAAUGGACCAAAGUUGGUUUUUAUAUCAAGUGUCCUCUUCGUCCGUGAUGUUCUCGUUGUCGUUGGCUUAAACUCUUUAAGCAUGUGUUGGCUUUUGUUGUGUUUUUUGUUUUUACUGUUUCUUCCUUCCUCAUCUGGAGCUCCACGCCACAGCUGGUGUUUUUUGACUUUGGCAAUUAAAUGCUGUGCAUGCGUUGCGUUGUUUGUACUUUUUUCCUAAAAGCUGUACUGUGGACUUAAUUGUGAGGUUUACUGAAGUGUUCCAGCUUUUUUUUUUUUUUUUUUUUGCGCCAUUGUGUUACGUCCCUUUUUUGCGGCCUCACUCCUCAUGUGUUGUCCAUUGUGUCUCGCGCACAUUAAAGUCUGUUGUGGCUUCCAAGGGAAUAAAAAAACACAUACUUUUACAGUUUCAAUGUGAGAUCACAACAAAACCUAUUUUUUCAACAUAAUGCCUUUUUGAACGAUAGUUCUAAAAAAUGUCUAUUUUAAUAUUUACUUGUUACAUGACUUGUACAUAUUUGUAAUAUAUAAUUGAAUAAAUUUUAUUUGUUGUGAAAUUAA